AGUAAUAUAUACCUGCUGCAUCACCACCUGUCUCUCUCCCCUCCAGGUAGAUUCGGUGUAGGUGUGAAAGCUUAUUUUGUCUUCCUGAGAUAUUUGCUUUACCUGAACCUGCUCCUGUGUCUGGUCAUUGGAGGGACUAUACUCACACCCACAGCAGUCUAUGACAGCGAUGGUGACAGAGGACUACUGAGGUUUGAGGGCAAUGACUCGGUUUUGGACUUCUUCGUUGGUUCGGGUUUUCUAGAACGUUCUCCAGUAUUCUAUGGGUUCUAUGCACGUAGUUCUCUAGACCUGCUGUGUCUGAACACGCCCCUCCUCUUCCUCCUCGGAACCCUCACCGUCCUCAUCCUCAGUCUGGUCAUGGUGGUCCGCAGGUCAGACACACACAUGUUGUUUUACCCCUCUCCCUCUCCCUCUCCCCUCCCUCCCCAGUUAUACUUAGAAGAGGAGAGGUUCCAGCAGCGUGAGGCCAGGAGGACGUUGGGUCAGUGGACACACCUCUACUCCCUGCGAGGGCUGCUCCACUUCCUGGUCCUGGUUCUACUGGGCGGAGCCUUCUGUCUCAUCUACUAUGCCACCAUGGCCUCAAAGGCUGAGAGGAAUGGAGACUAUUUGAUCCUCCGGUUGCUUCUCCAUUACCUUCCUCCCAUCGUCAUCACCCUGGUCAACUUCUUCCUGCCUCACGUCUUCCGCCAUAUCUCUUCCUUCGAGGAUUACUCCCUCACCACCCAGGUCAAUGCUACCCUCGUCAGGAGUAUCUUCCUGAAGUUGGCCAGUCUGGGGAUGUAUCUCUUCUUCCUCUUCAAAAACAGCCAACAGGAAUGUUGGGAGAAUCAGUUUGGUAAAGAGAUGUACAAGCUCUCAGUGUUCGAUUUCCUGGCCUGUUUCUGCAACACCUUCUUCAUCGCCUAUCCUAGAAAGUGGUUUGUGGACAGGUACCCAUCGUCUUGGCUGGCGCGUUUCGGGAAACAGCAUUUCCUGAUCCCGUUCAAUGUUCUAGACCUGGUGUACAGUCAGACGGUCACCUGGGUAGGACUGUUCUACUGUCCCAUGCUGCCAUUUAUAGAGACAGUCAAACUCAUGGCCGUGUUUUACAUUAAGAAGUUGACAGUUCUCCAGUGCUGUGUUCCGGCCCAGAGAAUGUUCCGUGCCUCCAGUUCUUCAGUUCUGUUCCACUUCAUGUUACUACUGGGUCUCAUCAUGGCAGUCAUCACACUAGGAAGUAACCUCCACCAGUUCGAACCUUCCUCCAGCUGUGGUCCGUUCGUGGGCAGCGCUACAGUGUUUAAUGUAACAGCUGUGUGUGUGGACAGUCUACCAGGACCGGCCCAGUCCACUCUGAGAUACCUGUCCUCAGAGGCCUUUGUCCUGCCGCUGAUACUGUCGCAGAUUGUUGUCCUGACCUCCUUUGAGUCGCGUAGGAGAGCCAAUGGAAAAGCCAUCGAGAGACUGAAGGACAUGCUGGUGAUGAGCACCUCAGAUAAGCAUUUUCUGCUGAAGCAGCACACUCUCUCACUCAGACGCCAGAAGAAAACCUUCAAGGCGCCCACCACUGUUUCAGGCACUAGAGAGGGCAGCUCUACCACCAUGAAAGACCCCUCAGCAGGCAUCAGAGAGGACAGCCAUAUCGCUCAACUGAAGGACCCCUCUGCACAGCCUACAGGCAAUGACAGACCAAUAAAGAUAGAUAGAGGACUCUAGUGCCCAAAAGCCAGUUUUUGCAUGUGCAGCGACAUUCGGGACAUUCACCAUUUUGAAGUAAUCAACUGAGUGGAACCUCCUAUGGUUUAAGGAUCACAUGAUUCCAUCCAGGUCAUCAGGAGGCUUCAACCAAUUAAUUAUACUCCAGGUAACAUUCCAUAACUCCAGGUAGCUGUAAAUGGCCAACCUUGGCUUUACACCUGUUCAAACAACACACUCCAGGUGGCAGGAUGCACCCUUUCAGUUUGUUUACCAACUCAUAGAAGUAGUAGAAGAAGAAAAUGAACUAGUUUGAAAUGAAGAUUUCCUCAAUGGCUCUUCCCAUGCUCCCACAGACGCCCUAUUGGGACAGAUGCAAUGUUGUGUUCUCUAACUAUCUCUAUGCAGCCCAUAGAGUUAGAAAUAGAGCCCACCACCUAUCAUGGUGCCAAAUGCACCCUCUAUCCAACUCUAUGGAGCAGACAUAGCCAAAUGGCACCCUAUUCCAUAUUUAGUGCGCAAAAGUAGUAGCAGAUGUGACCUUUGAGCUUUUUGUCACUCCCUAACAUUCAGGGUUUAUUGCUCUGGGCUGUACCUAAAUGUCAUAUACAGUAUUAAGAACAACAAGAGUGUCAGUUACAUAACUUGUGUUACUGUACUGAUGUGUUUAGUGGCUAUGAUGCAUUGUAAAAGCUUCAUUCUCAGGUAUGUUGUAUGAUCGGGGAUGAUCUUGCUGUAUAGGCUGUACUUGUAAACAGGACAGAGUACUACUAAGGACAGAGUACUACUAAUGUGUACUGUUAGAAUACUGAUGUGUUUAAUGGUUUUAUAUAUACAGUGGGGAGAACAAGUAUUUGAUACACUGCCGAUUUUGCAGGUUUUCCUACUUACAAAGCAUGUAGAGGUCUGUAAUGUUUUAUCAUAGGUUCACUUCAACUGUGAGAGACGGAAUCUAAAACAAACAUCCAGAAAUCACAUUGUAUGAUUUUUAUGUCAUUAAUUUGUAUUUUAUUGCUCACAGAUGAAGUGUAACUAUGAUAAAACAUUACAGA